AUUAUGAAAAUGGAACAACAACAAAACAGUUCGUAGAAGAGUUAAAGAAAAAAUGCAAUAUCACAUUCAUCGAUUUCAACAUACCAGACACGCAGAACAUUUUACCAUUAGUCAUCAUUGUCCGGAGUACAACUGAAAUAGUCGGAGAAGAUCUUGAUGCAGCACUUGAAAACACACACAGCCUUAGGUGCCCAGUUAUAAUAGUUUACUUCCACAUGAAAGGGCUGUCAGAUUGUUUCAAGACGGAGGACUCUGUUAAAGGAAAAGACAAGUACAAACAUAUUUCAGCUAUCAUAGACAUGGAUUUCUCGAAAGGAUGUCUAACGUGGUGUUAUAUUAAAUUGAAAACCGUCAACAGUUCAGCGAUAGUCCGUCUACAAGAGCUUGUCAAAGAUUUACAAGAUGGUAUCAUUCAGUCGGAGAAGAACAAGAGUACACUGUAUGUGUAUGACAAAAGCAAGACAGAUAUAUCUGAGAUGGUUACAAAUGAACUGAGGUGUUUGAUGGAAGGGAAGCUGCGGAUUCAGAUAACAGAAGUACCAUGCGGCGAUGAACCACUUUUAGUGGUAUUCUGUGUGAAGAAUUUACCCACAACUGAAGAAGGACUUUGGAAAGAAUUCGAAGGUUGCGACCAUUCUAACAACAUUAUGAUUUGCCUUUACGAAAAAGAAGAUGAUAAUAUGUUAGAAUUAAAAGGAGCACCAGUGGCAGAGAAAAUUAUAGUCAAAUUGUAUGGUGAUAGAUUCUAUGUGCUUACAUAUAAUACAUGCGCACAGAUUCUGGCUUUCGUAUCUGGAUAUCACUUGCAAAAAAUCAUUCGUAGAAAUAAAACUGAUCAGCGGUCCAAAAUGCAGGUCUUGAAUACUGGAGGGUCUAUGCGAGGUGUUCCAUUCUCGCAGGACAUGUCGUUUCCACCAGAAUAUUGAGAUUAAAAUCAAAGAAGAAGAAUGGAAAAAUAUAUUUUCUCUUUCUUUUAAAAUUACCAAAGAGACGUCUAUACAAUGGUUUCAAUACAGAAUAGUUCAUUGAAUCUUAGAAACUAAUGGCUUUCUAUUCAAAUUAAGUGAUAACCCUAAUUGUACUUUAUGUAAAAGUUACAGAGAAGCUAUAGAACAGCAUUUUUUCUGGUUUUGUCCAGUUGUUUCUAAUUUCAUGAUAAAUCUAUUUACAAAUCCGUAUUGUAACGCAAAACACUUAUUCUGGACCAGAAUGAAAAAGAGC